CGCACUUCCAUUGAUGCCUCGACGGCCUUAUUCUCGCCACUAAGCUUAUAGAAUGUUCCGGACUAAGGACGGAAAGUUCCCAAUGACAUCGUCGACCCACGAUUCCUUUUCUAAAAAUUGUAGCGUUUAUUCGGGCACGAAUGCUGUGGAGUCCCGCACAUAGCCUUCUGUCAGCCUUCCCAUCCAGCUGCGACCUCUUUCUUCCUUCUGAAAACAACCCUCUCCUCACAUUGAUCUGGCUUUGUGCCUUCUAUUUCACGUCUCUGGUAUGAGAUAACACGACUGAUUGUUUUCUACAAUCGUUCCAAGUGCGCAAACACGCGGGCAAAACGUUGCCACCUCCACCAUGGACUUCUCGAAACUGAGGGCGACUGCCCUUCAGAGUGCCAACGACGAGGAAGCAGUCACUGUCAAUACUCGAGCCUUGAUCGACAAAGUGCUUGCGCGAUACUCGGGCGAAUGGACAACUCUACGAGAGCUGAUUCAAAACGCCGCAGAUGCUCAGGCCUCGAGGGUGAAGAUCAAAUUCGAGUCGAUCCCAUCAUCUACCAUUCCUCUCCCAACCACGACGAACGCUUCAGAGAUCCUCAAGCAUGUACUUCUCAAUCAUACAUUGCAGCGAUUGGUGGUUACGAAUGAUGGACUGCCAUUUGGCGACAAUGACUGGACCCGGCUGAAGAGAAUCGCUGAAGGCAACCCAGAUGAGACGAAGAUCGGUGCGUUCGGUGUGGGGUUCUACAGUGUUUUUGCAGACUGCGAAGAGCCGUUCGUGAGCUCUGGGGACCAAGCUAUGGCCUUCUAUUGGAAAGGAAAUGCUCUGUUCACCAGAAAGACCAAUCUUCCCGCCGAGCAGACGAGUCGAGAAACCAACUUCGUCCUUGACUACCGAAAUACAACCACUCCUAUGCCGAACCUCCUCUCAAUCUCCCAAUUCCUUGCCACUAGUUUAACGUUUGUGGCCCUGCAGGCCAUUGAGCUAUGGGUAGACGACUCGAAGAUCAUAUCACUGCAGAAGAAAGUUUCGCCAGGCGUCGAAGUCCCAAUUCCCAGAAGUAUAAACACAGCGACUAAGGAAGGAAUCAUGACCGUCCAGAGCUUGGAACGAGAGAGUGUGCAGAUGGAUGCUACUUUCAUGAAUGUUGUUGGUUGGAAGCCUGCUACCUCAGUUACCACACCAAAGAUGCCUGGCAGUUUCGACGGUGCAUACGGUAGCAGCACGAAUGAUACUGGGGUUUUACUAAAGUCCUUCUUCUCGAGAAUCACGAUUGGUUCGGGACACGAUAAGACGAAGACAAAGGCUAUGAAGGAAGAAAAGGCGCUUCAAGAGAUCGUGCUUGAGGAUGUUACCGCCACCACGACUGUGAGUGUGUUCCUCAGAGUCACCACCGCAACUGUCAAGACAUCUGUAAGCAUGCAAUUCGCGGAAGAACUUGAACGUGCCACGAAGAAGCCACCUCCUAGGAUCACUCGACCAGCUCUUCUCACCGCAUCCUAUGACGAAGCCGUUGCCUCGACUGAAGAAAACGCAGUUGCAAAAGGUGUUGAUAUAUUUGCCUCCGUCGUCCCAGGCAAACAUCCCGGCGGACGCGUAUUCAUUGGCUUUCCAACGCACCAAACUACGGGCGCUGGUAUGCAUCUUUCAGCUCCCUCAGUCAUUCCUACCGUCGAGCGGGAGUCGAUCGAUCUUAAUGCGAGAUGGGUCAGAACAUGGAACCAAGAGAUGCUUCGUGCUGCUGGUAUCAUGGCGCGAUUGGCCUUCAUGAAUGAGAUGAAAGACCUUUCUGACGAUAUCAAGCGAGCUGUCGAGCGUGCCGGACGUGGUAGUAAAGUUUCGAAGGUGGAGAUCGAUCACUUCACCCCACGAGCCUUGCAUAUCUUGGAUACCUUCAUUUUCACAGAUGCAACACCGAAUCCCAAUGUUCGGCAUUUGAUCGAAGAAGCCUUUUGGGUCGCCAAUUCGAAUCCUGAUGUCGAGAUUUUCAGUACACGCGGUGUGUUAUCCAACAGACACGUGCGUUUAGCAACAGAAGACUUCAGCGGUUUUGUCGAGGGAAUUCCCGUCAUUCCAAAGGCUUUAGUGAAGAACUCUUUCAUUCAGAAGCUUGUUGACUUUGAUUUGAUCUCCAUGAUCACCACUGACGACGUGAGAAAAGAGUUGUCAGCCAAAGCUCUAAGCGGCGAUCAACUCUCCCAAUUUAUUAAAUGGAUCAGCCACAAGGCUGCGAAAAACGAGAUCGAUGCACGUACAAUUCACUCUCUUCUGGACGUGGCUGUUGCAACAACUAGCGAUGCUGCUGGCAACGGGAACGUCAUUGCUCUUGGUACGAUCAACAACUAUCUCGAGGUGAAGAAGAUUCCGGCUGAUGUGCCCAUCCCGCCAACCUGCAUCCCCUUUGAGUUUUCUCGAGCUUCUCAAUUUCAUGAAAUGCAAGCCUUGGGUUGGCAAUCAUUGGAAAUUGAUGAUUGGCUCCGACACCUAGUCAAGACGAAUAAGAGUCGACCAGCGGAGCAAGACUACACGAAGACGACCGCAUUUGCAGCUAAUGUUCUUCAAAUUCUUUCCAAGGGUUGGAGUGGAUUGAAGCAAGAAUCUAGGGACGAUGUCGUUCUUGUUCUUCAGAAAGAGGCAAUUGUCCCGAGCAAGCUGGGCAUCAAGAAGCCUGGAGAAUCAUAUCUCGGUAACGUGAAGCUGUUUGAUGAUCUCCCAAAUGUCAUUACCAUCACCGGUGUGAAGAAUCCUUUCUUAGUUGAACUCGGUGUCCGAAAGACUGUGGAACUCGACACUGUCUUCAAUCGCUUGCUUGCUACUCCAGCCGAGGGUAGUGCAGAUAAAGACGCAAACGGCAAUCGCUUCAUGGAUCUUCUCAAAUACCUUGCCUCGGUCCAUGAUGACAUCCCAGCUGAAGACAUGAAGAAGCUAAGAAAUGCUAAAUUCUGCCCUGCGGAAGCUGGUCCCAAGGGUAUGGAAUCAACCAAGGGUACUGCGAGAAAGUACAGUGUCAAAGAGUUGUUUGAGCCAAAGGAUGAUUUACGGCAACUUGGGCUUCCUAUUCUCCGCUGGCCUGGACCUCCUGGUAGCUAUCGUGUCAAAUCCGCUACCGGAGAAUUUCUGUAUGCACUCGGCCUGCGACCAUUCCCCUCGGUGCCAGAACUCAUUGAGAUGAUGGCGAGCGAGGCUCCAACCCCGGGCCCGCACAGAGCCAUGGACUAUUUCAUCGCCAAUCACCACAAUAACGCGUAUUACCAAUUUCGUAUUGGUACUACAGACAAGAAGUUCUUGCCCUUGGAGAAGGCCUCUGGCUCCACUGUGCAGGUCGUUUCACCCACAGAAUGCUUUACGAAUCCAAACUGUGAAGUUUUUGGCUUCAACAUUCUUCGACAAGACCUUCAUAUCCACGCUAACAAGUUCGACGUCACGGCUAAUCCAAACAUUCUUGAAUGUGUCAAUAGACUCCUCGCUAGUCCGCCCACCGACCAGACUCAAGCCACGAAAGUCUUCGAAUACUUAUCAAGUCGUCUCAACGAGCUGGGUCAGAGCAGUGUUGCCAAGAUUGGAGACUCUCGUAUCGUCCCUGUUGGCUCGAAUAAGUUUGGCCGCAGAGAGCCUUUUUCCGACAAGAUGCUCACUCCUCGACAAUGUUACAUCGGUACUUCAUCAACUUACGGCGAAAUAUUUGAAUUUGUCGACUUUGGUAGUAAUGCUAAUGCCUUCUUAUUCAAGUGCGGCUCUAAAACUGAACCUACGAUCAUUGAGCUCGCAACUCUCGCUUGUAACGAACCAGCACGAUUGCUUGGUGUACUGCAGAGUCCUGAAAAAUAUAUGAGUCUUCUGCGAAAGCUGGCGGAUGAAAAACACCAGCUCAGGAAAAACAAGGAUUUGUGGAAGCAAAUGAAGAAAGCCAGAUUUCUACUCGGUGAAGCUGAAGUUUCUGCCAAUGAUACAAAUGAGAAGCGAUCCUCUCAACCACCUGUUUCCGGUGUUGACCAGAACGGUGUCGAUCUUGAUGACAAUGAUGCCGCUCCUGCCAAGCAGUAUCUUCUAGCUAUACCAUCCGAAAUUGUUGUUAUUGAUGAUUUCGUCAGCUAUCGGCUUUUUAAGUCUUCUCUUGUCACGGCAGUUGAGGAUGAAAAGCUCGAAGACUUUUACAUGGAUCUUGGGUCCCCUGCUCUCAGUGUCUUAGUUAAGACUUCACUUAGCCUAGGCCAACGAUCUGAGAAGCAGGACUCUGCCGUUCAGAUGCAGAAUCAUGUUCUUGAACGUGCCAAGCUCUUCCUCCAUGAGCUGAAGCGUGAGGAGAUCAAGCACGACUACCGUUGGCUGGAAAAGAAUCUUAAGGUUGAAGUGGUCAGCGCAAUUGAACUUCGACGAUCUCUUGCUUCCGUUGGUGUAUCACACAGAGAGAAGAGAGCUGCCGCUUGUGAAUAUACCGGAUCAAGUCUCUCGUCUCAACAUACGCUGUACAUCACCGGCGCAAAAUCCAGCUUGUAUCAGAUCAGCACGUCAAUCUGCAAAUUGAUCCUUGAACGCGCAGGUCAAAGCCACAUGAUCACAUUCGAGCAGUUCUUGACACUAAGCUUGAUCGACUUGAAGAACCGUGGUUACAAUGUGGAUCGUAUCCUACGCAUCAAGGCUGCCGAAAGACGAAUUGCCGAGGAGGAGCGUCAAAAGCAGCUUGUUCUUGAGCAGGAGCGAAUUCGACACCAGGAGAAUUUAUGGAAUCAACGACAGCAGCAGAUGUCUUUAGCACCUGUUGCUAAUCCCGAGGACGGUCAACAAAUGCCAGGGUCCUUCGGAGCUGACUCGCCAGAAAAUUCACCAACCCCGAUUCAGCAAGACAAAAGCCGAUUUUCUCUUUCAAAUUUCGUGAAGCGGGGAGGCAUGAGUGGUCUAGGCUCGUUUGGCCAGCACCUUCAAAAGCAGCUAGGCGGUGGUUCAUCUGGCUCACCUUCCCAAGAGCAUGAUGAAGUUGCAGACGUGCGCAAGAGUGUGAAGCCUCAACCCCAAAAGCUGAAGCAAGGAGAAAUUGAACGAGUCACUUCACCAGCCGCAGUUUCGCAGAACCUCGCAUCUGCCAUCGCAGCAUCCCGACCACACAAUUCCGACCAUCUCUUCUCGCAACCAACAACCGCCGUGGUCAAGGAGCAAGAGACAUAUUGCGACUCAGCUUCUGCGCAAAACGUGGUUUAUCUAGCUGACACCGCGAAUUCUACCCGUAUGUUCAUCGACAAGGAUCAUCCCGCCCAUCAGGAAUUCCUUCGCCAGAAUGUUCAGUCGCUCAAUGAUUUCGCUGUUCUCCUUCAUGAAAUAUGCGCCAUUUACAACCUCAAUCCCAUUACGAUGCACAUCUUCUACGAUCCCGCGGGUAAUACAAUUGCCUUCAACUCCAAUGGAAGUAUCUUUUGCAACUAUAGGUAUUUCCUCCAGUUGCAUAAGGAGAACCUAGCGGAUGGGAGAGGAAUUGCAGGUGCCUACUGGUGGGUCGUUGUCGCUCACGAACUAGCACAUAAUUUGGUCUCUUCUCAUGACUCUCAGCAUGGUUUCUAUACUGAAAACAUGAUUGCACAGUACUUUCCCCGUAUGAUGGAGCAAGUUCGUCGCUGGAACAAUGACUUGACUAAGGUUAAGCAAAUAAACCAACGCAUCAACCAACGCUUCUGACCUGGUCUUUCCAUCUGAGCUAGGCAUUGGCGUUUUUGUCGCAUUCAGGGCGUUAAGAUGGGGCGUUUCUGCAUUUGAAUGUGUCAAUAGAGGUUGCAUGAGUGUUUUUCAGCGGCAUUAGCAUGAGCAUCAUAUUUGCAUUUGGGCAUUCGAGGUGUUUCAUAGCGUGGCGCAUGUGUAGACUAGGAUAAUUUGCGCAUGGUUGUUUUAUACCCAUUCGCAGUUGUAGGAUAGGUUGAAUACCUAGUAAAUAAACUUGUUUUUGAUAGAAACAGAUUCAUGAUCG